CUAGGAUAAAAAAUGUAACGAAACAAAAUUUUAAAAAUUACGUGUCAUCUGGUUCAGAUUCUCCUAAUUGACGCAUUCCAUUCUCGACAUAUCAGUUUUCGCGGAGGGCCGAAGCGUUCGGAAGUGGACGUCUAAUUUAGGCCCAUAGUAAUAAGUGUGUAAUAUUAAAUGAUACUCAUCAAAAAGAACAUUUUGGCAAAAUGGAACAUGAAGGGUUCUGCCAGAAGUAAUCCGUCCAAACUGAGUGCCUAGCAAAAUAUAUGCUUGCAGUUACAAUGAGGAUUUAUGUAGCUGACAAAAUGACAAGUGCUGUGAAAAUGCUGCCUUUAAGCCACAUUUCGUCUCCUCAGAUGUGAUAGAAGAAGUUAUUUUUGAUUUUACUGGUGAAACGUGGUCAGUACGACGUGUAUCAGUGGUGUAAUGUGAGUGAUUUUAUGGUAGUGAAGUUGGUGAGUGCUUAAUCCGUGUGAUACAGAGUGCAGUUGUGGAUGCAGGAGGUGCAACAGUGGCCCGCGGGCACGUGACUGUUGCCCGCCCGCUGGGCCUAGUAUGGGCCAGCAGUUCAUCGUCACUAUGAACCCUGCCACGUCAGGCAAGUCCUCAACCCGUUCCUCGGGCUACCAUCAGAAGGCUUUAGCAGAAAUUCGGAACUCACUGUUGCCAUUUGCAAAUAUUGGUAAUCUUGGAGAGAACUUGGGUUCAAGUGCUGCAAGUACUAUCUCAACUCUUUCAACCACUAGUGGAGUAAGUUCUGCAUCUGGUCACAGUGGAAUAAGUGCAGCUUCUGGUGGCAACGGAAUUGAAAAGGACUUAACCCUUCUGCGUCAGACACUUGUCCAGCUUAUGAACAUGGGGUACACGGAGGAAGCAUCCGUGCGCGCCCUGAAGAUGUCGGGGGGCAGGUUUGAAGCUGCUCUUGAUUUUCUUCCAAAACAGAAUGAACCUGUCAAUGGAAUGUCUAAAGGGCCGUCCUCAGGCUUGCCAGCACUGAGCACAAAACUUAUACGUAAGCCAAGCUUGGAACGAGAGUUGAGUUUGCAUCGUGGCAGUCCGGCAUUGGAUAGUGGUGCUGGAAGUUCACGAUCUGAUAGUCCUCGCCUGGCAGACCUCGUUACACAUCCUCAGCUCAGUCGGCAGUACUCCCCAAGCAGUUUUGCAGAACCCCCACCUCCUCCCCCACCUCGAUGUAGCUCUACUCCCCCUCCCCCUCCACCACCUCAUGCAUCUUAUCCAACAGUCACCACCAAUAUGCAACAACUGUUGAAGCGCAUGUCUCCUGCACCUGUAGUUCCAUCACGGCCCCCAGCAGCUCUCCCAGGAGGUUCAGGGACCAACCAAAGUUGCCCACAACCUGCCCAGCGUGGUACAAGCCCAGUUGCUUCUUCUGGUACCAGUAUAGGAAACUCUUCAUCUGGACGUCAACCCAUGAUAGUGCAGAAUGGCCCUCAAGUUCAGCAGCAAUUAUCACAACAGAUGCAGGCUCUUAACUUGUAUCAGAGCAAUAGUGUAGCUAGUUCCACUUCCUCAGAACCUCCACCUCCUUAUCCCCUUGUUCCGUCCUCACCCACAGUUCCUCCUCCGCCGCCUUCAUACACAGCUUCUAUUCAGAGUCGCCAAAGUCCCACACAAUCACAGCAAGAUUAUCGAAAGAGCCCUUCCUCUGGGAUAUACUCUGGCCCAACUUCAGCAGGUUCACCAAGCCCAAUAACUGUAUCUGUUGCAAGUCCUACUCCCACUUCUGUUGCUCGACCAACACCCCUGCAAGCUUGGGGUGCACGCCAAGCGAAAACUCAGCCUCCAAUCAUCAUGCAGUCUGUUAAAAGUACCCAAGUUCAGAAACCUGUUUUACAAACAGCCAUUGCACCAACUGCACCUCAACCUGUACAACCCUCAGUCACAGCCUCAACCCAGUCAUCCCCUCAACCUCAACCUCCACCUCCAUCGUACGCAUCUUCGAUCCAACAAAAACAGCAAGCUCAGGCACCACCAUAUCAGAAACAAGCGCCAUCUCCUGUUUUGCCCCAGCAAGCUUCAGUGUCACCAGUAACUACUUCAAGUCCAGUGACUGUUCCGACAACAGACCCUCCUAGCUAUGCCAGUACUAUGCAAGCCUUGGCUGUGCAGAGAGGCAUAAUCACACCAGCUGUACAUCUUCAUCAUCCUUUACCCCCUCCACCAUAUGGACCAAUGGGAGAAGAUGGAAUUCCUCAAAUGUUAGGCAGUGCUCAGGUGGCUACAGUUGAAAGUGCAGUUGCACCAAGACCAUCCCCUGUUAUUCAAGCAGCAGCAACUUCCCACCUUCAUCCUCCACUGCAGAGGAAGUACUCGCCUGUAGUCGCCGUAGAUACUGUGACCUCCCGUUCUGAGAGUCCAGUUUCAACGUCCUCAGCUGAUAGUAGGACAGUUCCCCAAUCACCUGUGCCUGGUGUGUAUGCAUCAUCAUCUGAAAACACUAUUGGAGUACCGCAGCAGACACCUCCUCUUCCUCCCAUGGCUUCUUCAUCUGUGGCAAAUAAAAAUAAGAAUAAUCAAGUCCCAACACAGAAUGGUGGUGAUAGGAGACCAAGUCACCCAGGGCCUACCCCACCAUCAUAUAAAAUAAAUCACCAAUCCCCAAUUCCAGAAAGGAAACGUAUGAGCAAAGAGAAAGAAGAAGAAAGAAGAGACUGCAAAGUACGUAACUAUUCACCACAAGCUUUCAAAUUUUUUAUGGAACAACACAUAGAAAACGUUAUAAAAUCGCACAAGCAGCGUGUGUUUAGACGUAUGCAACUCGAGACAGAAAUGGCAAAAAUUGGUCUUAGUUCGGAAGCGCAGUGCCAGAUGCGCAAGAUGCUUUCACAGAAAGAAUCAAAUUACAUUCGUCUCAAACGAGCUAAAAUGGACAAAUCGAUGUUUACUAAAAUCAAGCCCAUUGGCGUAGGCGCUUUUGGGGAAGUUGCGCUCGUGCGGAAGAUCGACACGAAUCAUCUUUACGCAAUGAAGACUCUGCGCAAGGUAGAUGUUCUUAAAAGGAAUCAAGUGGCUCAUGUGAAAGCAGAAAGAGACAUUCUUGCAGAGGCUGAUAAUGAGUGGGUUGUCAAACUCUACUAUUCCUUCCAAGACAAAGACAACUUGUACUUUGUUAUGGACUAUAUCCCCGGAGGAGAUCUUAUGUCACUUCUAAUCAAGUUAGGAGUCUUUGAAGAACCACUUGCGAGGUUCUACAUAGCUGAGUUGACUUGUGCUGUAGAAAGUGUUCAUAAAAUGGGGUUCAUCCAUCGAGACAUUAAGCCGGAUAACAUUCUUAUAGACCGUGAUGGACACAUCAAACUCACUGAUUUUGGCCUCUGCACAGGAUUUCGCUGGACACACAAUUCCAAGUACUACCAACGAAAUGGUGAACAUGGUCGUCAGGAUUCAAUGGAUCCAUCUGAGGAUUGGAGUAAUGAGUGUCGUUGCCAUCAGCUGAAGCCCCUAGAACGAAGACGGAGAAGGGAACAUCAGCGUUGUCUUGCACAUUCUCUUGUUGGUACACCUAACUACAUAGCACCAGAGGUGUUGCUGCGUACUGGUUACACACAGUUGUGUGAUUGGUGGAGUGUUGGAGUCAUUUUAUAUGAGAUGCUUGUAGGUUCACCUCCUUUCCUAGCCAAUACACCUGCAGAAACUCAGUUCAAAGUCAUCAAUUGGGAGAACACACUUCGCAUCCCUGAGGCAGCAAAUUUAUCUCCUGAGGGAAUGGACCUUAUUCUUAAACUUUGUACAGGGGCAGACAGGAGGAUAGGGAAGAAUGCUUCAGAAGUGAAGUCUCAUCCAUUUUUCAACAGUGUAGACUUUGACAAGGGGUUUCGUCGUCAGGUAGCUCCCCACAUACCUCGAAUUCAGUAUUCAACUGAUACAUCGAAUUUUGACCCAGUUGAUCCUGAAAGACUUAGGAAUUCAGGAUCAUCAGGGUCAGAUAAAUCAGAUGAAUUAUUGGACAAUGGGAAGCCCUUCCAUGGAUUUUUUGAGUUUACAUUUCGAAGAUUUUUUGAUGAUGGCGGUGGCCCUGCUUAUCCUAGUAAGAUCAGUUUAGAUGACAAUGAAAACCAGGGACCUGUUUAUGUAUGACAUGAAAUGGCAGAAGGAAAAUCCUGGUGAAGAUCUGUCAAAUGCUGUGGUAAGAUUAUUUUGAGAAAUGUAUGUAUUGGUAAGUCAGAAGGUCAUACUGCUUUAGGAUCAUACUUGGUGCAAUCAGCUUAUAAAGAAGUGUUCCCCGGUUCGGUCAGUAAGGGCAGUGUGAUAAAUUGAUGCAUAGUGUUGGAUAAGUGAUACUCUUCUUUGAUUUGUUUAAUGUUCUGUCAAGAUGUGCGAAGUAUGGAAAACAGAUUGUAAUCAUGUGCAACUGUUCAGACCUUAGUAGCCAUAUUUUUGUAAUAUAUUCUAGCAAUUUAAAGACAUCAGUUCAUGGCUCUGUUAUGAGUGUUGAAUGUGCAGAGUGGUAUACUUGCAGUUCGCUUGUCUCAGCUGAGCUGGUGGUCUUUCAGGUAAUGAACCUUUGGGUUCCAUAAAAUGUGGGGAAUUUCUUGACUAGCUGAGCGACUAUUAGCUUCUCAAGAAGGACUCUGCUUCGUGAAGUUAAGUGUACAGAGAAACAUAAGUCAGCGCAAGCAACACAAGUGAAAUGGUAAUGUGAUGGUGCUGUUUAUCUCCUAUGAAUUUCUUUAUAUUAUACUGCCAUUUACAAGUAAAUCCCUAAUUAAUAAUUGCAACUGGUAAUUUAGUUUGAUGUCUGAAUGCUUAUUUACACUAAUUGCCAGUGUUUCUUAUAGAGAGCAUAUUUACUACUGUCAUCAAAUGAUGGGAUCUGUUAAUUGCUCUUCUGUAGGUACAUGUAAUAUGUGAUUAAAAAUAUUUAUUGAAAUUGUGAGAUAUUAGUCACAAAGUGACUUAAUAAAACUAAUAAAUAAAAAAUAUGAUAAAUUAUGUUUCUCUCUGACUGGAAAACAUGCUGGAAGAUAGUUUACUGGUUGAUUCACAUUGAAUAUUUGAUGUAACAUAAGGCUUAUCAUGGUAUAUUCAUAAUGAAUAAUAUUUUUCACUGUUCAUGUUAACAGCCUCUAUUAAUACUGUCACAUGAAAGAUCAUCCAAUUCUUUUAGCAUGUAGUGUUAUUUAUGUGUAUAAAAUUAUUGUUAAAAAUCCCCCCCCCCUCCUUAGUUGUGGGAAGAAAAUCCAAUCCCAGUGAAUAGCCCAAUCGUAUUUAUGUCAUGAUGUCAAAGAACAUAAGAGCUUGUAAUUACAAUUUAUUCCUGCAUAAAAAAAUUUGUCACUUGUGUUGAUUAAAUAUGCAGUUAUGGUUCAAAUUAACCACAAAUAUUUAUUUAAUUAAAAGAUUAUAUUUAAGUAGUGAACAUAUUUUAAUGAGCAGUUGAUCACACUACUGAGAUUUGAAAUACUAAUUGUUCAAAGUGCAGUAUGCAUAUUUCAUGUUACAUGUAUUAACAAUUCAUGUUGAAUGUGAAUCCACCUUAUUAAAUGUUUACAUCUGUAGUACAGCAUUCUGGUGAGUCCACUAAUUAUUUUUGCUUCCAGUCACCAUCAUCAUUAAGUCCCACUUCUUACAUCAGUCCUAAAUUGUGCACUAUGUCAUUGUUUUUCUGUGAAUUACAUGUUGUGAAUAGAAAUUAAUGAUCUUAAGGUUCAUUAAUUAUAUCAAAGUCACUGCACGGAUAAUGCAAACAAUUUUUAUUUAUGUUUAAUGUUCAAUAAAAUUAUUAAGUAGCAUUUAUAGGUAGUGGAUAAAAUCCUUGGCAGUGUAAUAUUUUUGGUAUUCCAUUUGUUUGUCAUGUUGGCUGUCUGAUAUCCUGGUGCAAACUUACACAUACAUAUUUUUUUAGAUUUCAGUGGUUUUAUUGAAUAUUGAAUGUCAGUUACAGUUAUUUAUGUCAGCUGUGUGGUGAUUUGGGUACAAUUAAAUAAUCUAAAGGUGAGUAAUUUCUGCUAGAAACAAGUAGUUUAGAGAAAGACAUCAACAUUAGUGGACACUUUAGAAACACUGUAAGAAGUAGGACUUAAACAUAAUUGGUGGUGUGUGACAGUGAUAGUGAUUGAACAUGAAAAUAAUGUCUGUUUUGCUGGUCAGAGUGGUAAUAAUGAGGGUUUCCAGUUUUAUUUUGAAGUAUUUAAAAUGUCUCUGUGUUUACUGUCUGUACUGUACAAGAAGUGUGUGUGAUUACAGGUAUGAUUACAGAACUUUUCAGUAAAAACACAAAGAAUACAUGGUCUAGAAAUAAAUUAGAAAACAGAUGUGAUGUCGUAUGAUUUCUUGUACUGGGGAUACAACUUAUUUGUUAUUCCCUUAUUUUGUUUUGUCAUAUAUUACUGUAUUUCAUCUAAAGUUGUGCCUUAGGUGUUUCUUUACAAUAUUAUACAGUGUGGAACAAAUUUAUCAGAAUUUAUGUAUGAAAAUGUUAAUUUUUAUAGGGAAUGUAUUCCAAGAAAGAGUUGGUUAUGAAAUGUAUACUACUUCAUUUCUUUUCAGUUGUAACUGGAACAGUUUGUUACCAAUAAAAGCAAUGAAUUUGUGAAGUAAUGUGAUAAAUUGGCAUCCACAGUGUGUUUUGUCAAACGUUAUGUAUAUAUAAAGUAAGAAUAUUGGCAAAACAUCAGUUAAGAUGUUUGAAAAUUAUUUACGGACAUGAAAUUCUAAGUUUGGGGCCUGAUCAAAAAGUAUUGAAACUGAGUCGUUGAAAAUUAAUAUACUGUAUGUAUGGGGAUUGGAUGAUAAUCUGCUUCAAAGUGGGCUCCUUUAGCACAUAAACAAAUUCUCCACUGUUCUUGCCAUUUCAAGAACACCUCUCAAACUCAUUUGGAAUUGCUGACGGCUGUUCAGAUGCAUUGUUGUUUCCACAUCAUCCAGUCUUUUUCCUUGCAGAUUUUUUUAUUCAAGGAUCAAAAAUACAUGGAGUUAUGUGUGGUGAGUGGGGCAGCUGUUGUAACUGUGUUUACAUAAUAAUGUUGGUUUUAUUUCUGUUCCUGUGUCAGUAGUAGAACAAACAUUGCAACUUUCCAACUUCAUUAGCCAUUUCAUGAAUAGUAGACAACAAAUUUUAAUGAGUUGUAUAUAUCGGAAAUGAAACUGAUCAAUUCUUAUGUAUUUUCGUCCGCUAAAAUCGAAAAUGACAAUAAAGAAGCUUAGGUAGUUCGCGUUUUGAA